AUGUUAGCAUCACGUAUUAUACUAUGUUCUCUAUUAAUAUCAUUGUUAUUAGUAAACUAUCGUUGUGAAGCACAGGGUGAAAUACGUCAAGCUGUGAGAGAUAAAACCAACAGAAAAAUCAAUGAAGGAAAACAAGAUGUUCGAUAUGUUAAAAACAGAGCAAGAGCACCUGUAGAUCGGGCAAAUGCAGGUAUAAAUCGAAAAACACAAAACACCAAACGAAAAAUGAAACAAAUCAAACAAGUUAUGGAUUCAUAA